AUGAAUUUGUGGCGGUUCGCACUCUGUAUCACCUUAGUCAAGGCCUGGGUGGUCAAUCACGGCACAACAUGCACUCUGUACCCUGAAUCUCUUACCCACCACGGGCAAGAAGUUGACGAUUCACCUUCUAUCCAAGAAGCCUUCGAUACCUGUGGUACAAAUGGAACAGUCAGCUUUACUGACAAUGUCUUCCAUGUCAACACCGUUCUGAACACAACAAAUCUCCUCAACUGCGACGUUUACCUGCGUGGUGAGCUUCGACUCUCCACAAACAUUCCUUACUGGAGGACACACGCGAUCAGCGUGGUGUUGCAAGACCAAGUCACUGCCUGGCUAUUCGGCGGGACAAAUGUGAACUUCUACGGCCAAGGCGGUUUUUACAACGGCCAGGGCCAAGCUUGGUACAACGCCAACCGAAAUGAGUCGAACCAGCCCGGUCGACCCAUGAGUAUGACAUUCUACAACUCAACCAACCUCCAUGUUGAUGGGUUGAGUGUGAUUCAGCCUCAGUUUUGGGCCACGUUUGUCUGGGCCAGUCAGAACGUCUCAUUCACCAACUUGUUUGUGAAUGCCACAAGUGACAGCAAGUGGGGUACCAUGAACUGUGAUGGGUAUGACUCCUGGCAGAGUGAUAACCUAUACAUUGAGAAUGCAACCAUUAUCACUGGCGACGACUGCAUUGCAGCUAAGGGAAACACAACGAACCUCUACGCAAAGAACAUCUACUGUGAAGGAGGCACUGGUAUCACAAUUGGGUCCAUCGGCCAAUACCCCGAGACACCCGACUACAACCUGAACACCACAUUCGAGAACGUCAAGAUCAAGAACGCCAUGGACGGCGCCUAUAUCAAAACAUGGCAAGGCACACGCAUUUAUACCCCCAGCAACGGUGACUGGGGUGGUGGCGGAACCGGUCUGGUGAAGAACAUCACUUUCCGAAACUUCGAAAUGGAGAACGUGGGAUUGCCCAUUCAGAUGUCUCAAUGCGUUUACUCCGCCAACUCCGAUAAGGGCUGCAACACCUCAAAGCUGCAGAUCGAAGAUGUCAAGUGGGAGAAUAUUCAUGGUACUUCUCGUUUCAACAUCGCCUCUUCUAUCUAUUGCUCGGAUGAACGCCCUUGCCCGAACAUCACUUUUGAUCGUGUCAAUAUCACCAGCGUGAAUAAUACACGUCAUCUGCCGUAUUACGGCACGGAUAUCCAGCAUCAGAUUUUCCAGUGCACCAACAUGCUGGGGCAGAACGGCUCUGGCAUUCCGUGUAACCAGGCUGCUCCUAGCAACUUCAGUCAAUGGAUUUAUGGAAACGUGGACAGCUCGGGUCUCGCCACUUUGACUUGA